GCUCUCAGCAAGGAGCGCGCUUCUCGGCAGCAAACAGGACAGGUGCCCGGCUUGUCGCUUCUAAAACACAAAACAGCCUAGAAGAUCGUUGCCUGGAUUAUCUAGAUUGGUAGAGGGAGAGAGAGAAAGAAUUCCUUUUUACAUCUGAAAUGCCAGACAGUGAGGAUCUGGGACAAGAUGAAAGCUGGAAAGUCAUCAAUUCCAGGCAAGACUACAGACCCAGAAUAAAUCAGUGCAUUUCAGAAACACUGAUGAAUUUAUUUGUAUUUCUUCAAGAAAUGUCCCACUUCAAGGAACAAAACCCUGGCAAGUUUUGCCUACUAGUCUGCAGUGUAUGUACAUUUUUCACUGUCUUGGGAAGUUACAUUCCUGGAGUUGUCCUCUCCUAUGUCCUGUUAUUGUGUGCCUUUUUAUGUCCCUUCCUUAAGUGCAAUGAAUUUGGACAGAAAGCGUGCAAUAAAAUUAAGACUGUUCUGAUGAAAUUAGAUUUUGGAAUAGUGGAAUAUAUCAACCAGAAGAAAAAAGAGAGAUCUGAAACAGCAAAAACAAAACCCACAGAAGAUGACAGUGAAUUAGACAUAUCAGCCCUGUGUCCUAAGGUUAGUCCUGCAGUUGUUGCCAAAGAGCUGUCAGUGUCUGACACAGAUGUAUCAGAAGUAUCUUGGACCGAUAAUGGGACCUUCAACUUAUCCGAGGGGUAUUCUCCACAGACAGACACAUCUGAUGAUUUUGACCGACCUAGUGAUCAUGAAGAAGCUUUCGCUAGAGAUCUUUCAGAAUUUCCUUCUUUAGAAAAUGGUGCCGGAACAAAUGAUGAGGAUGACUCAAGCAUCGGUAUGCCCAUCCAGCAAAAACGAAAAAAAGAACAAACAUAUUUCAAGGUGGAUCAUGCUUCCAGACAGAGUAAAGAGAGACCGUCCACUGCAGGCCUCUCCUUGCCUUUGACCAGUGACCAAACCUUUAAUUUAAUGAGUGGAAUUGCUGGGGAUGUCAUCGCAGCUGCGGUGUCUGCUGCCAUCAAAGACCAGUUGCAGUCUGCACAGCAAGCUCCCUCACAUGCAGUGCCCAGUUUGAGCGAGGAGACAGACACAGAGGAAGCUGAUGAUUUUGAACUGCUUGACCAGUCUGAGCUUGAGCAGAUUGAGGAAGAAUUGGGACUUUCACAAGGCCAAGAAGCAGAAUCCCAGGAAAAGAAAAAAUCUUCAGGCUUCCUUUCAAAUCUGCUUGGAAGUCAUUAACCUGGAAAUUGCAGCUAGUAACAUA